AUGGCAGUCCCCGACAUAGAUAUGUCUGCUCUCAAGGUGUUGCGCUCGUCGGAACAACAGAAUCUUCUAGAUGAGAUUGACAGCCUUCGACUUCAGGGCAUAAGCGAGUUCGUUUUUCUACCUCAGAUCGUCGUCUGUGGGGACCAAUCCAGCGGGAAGAGCUCCGUCCUCGAAGCCAUUUCCGGUGUUCCGUUCCCACGUAGUGACACACUCUGCACACGUUUCGCCACUGAAGUUAUCCUUCGACAAGCGCCUACCACUGAAGCAGUCGUCUCCAUCGUACCCAGUCAGGACGCUUCCGAGGCGGAUCGCGAAAGGUUGCUAGCUUUCAAGGAAACACUACAGCAACUAGAAGACUUCCCCCACCAUAUCGAACGAGCAAAGUCAGCAAUGGGUAUCACGGCGACCGGAAACGCCUUCUCGAAGAAUAUCCUCAGGGUAGAGAUCUCCGGUCAAGAGAAGCCAAAGCUCACCGUUGUUGACCUGCCCGGUCUGAUCCACUCCGAAAGCAGGAAUCAAUCCCCUGCAGACGUUGAACUCAUCUCCAAUCUGGUUCAUUCCUACAUGAAAAAUCCAAGGAGCGUCAUUCUUGCAGUAGUCUCCGCCAAGAACGACUACGCCAACCAGAUCGUCCUAAAACGGGCUAAAGAAGUGGAUCGUGAAGGGUUGCGAACGCUCGGGCUCAUCACAAAGCCUGACACUCUCCCUCCUGGUUCGAAUAGCGAGGCUGACUUCAUCAAUCUCGCCAGUAAUGACAAUAUUCAAUUUCGGCUUGGCUGGCAUAUCGUCAAAAAUCGAGACUACCAUUCACGCCAUUCCUCGGCCGAGGAGCGAGACCGGUCUGAGGUGCAAUUCUUCUCGGAGGGCGUCUGGAAAGAAUUGCCUCGCGAUAUGGUCGGCAUAGGUCCUCUCAAUGUUCGCUUGAGUAAGAUACUUCUGGAUCAGAUCAAGAGAUAUCUUCCCAGUUUGAUGAAGGAUAUUCAAUCGAGCAUCGAAGAUUGCAAAAUGAAGUUGGUCAAGCUUGGAGACGGUCGCAGUACGGCCGAGGAGCAGCGUCAAUUUUUGCUCAAGUUGAGUCAAUCGUUUCAAGCACUCUGCAGGGCAGCAAUCGACGGGAAUUAUGACGAUAAGUUCUUCGGUGAUCCAUCUUCUGAUGAGGAAUAUUGCAAGCGUCUACGAGCGGUAGUGCAAAACCUCAACCUCGGCUUUUCGGACCUCAUGCGCAAGAAAGGUCACCAUAGGACAAUUGACAGAGAAGUAACCGAGGAAAUUGUAGCCCCAACGCAUCGUCCGACUUCAACUUCCCAUGCUCAUCUUCAACCUAUUUCGAUGAGCCGAGCGGACGCGAUCGAAUGGGUCCGAAAGCUGCUUAUGAGAAGCAGAGGCCGUGAACUACCGGGCUCAUUCAAUCCAUUGUUGGUCAGCGAGUUAUUCCGUGAUCAAUCCAGGCACUGGGAACGGAUAGCGCGCGAGCACGUUCAGAACAUAUGGAUAGCGUCGAAAGCGUUCCUCGAGAGGCUUCUCAACACCCUUACCGAUGAAGAAACUUUUGGGACGUUGUUCACACACUGGAUUGAUCCUAUCCUCACUGCAAGAUUCAAAAAGGCUAACGAAAUGCUCGACCGCCUGUUGAUCGAUCGAGAAAGACAUGCCAUCACGUAUAAUCACUAUUACACAGAGGUCUUGCAGAGCCUCAGAAAGGAACGUCAGGUAAACGAGCUCGUGGGCAGGAUCCAGCAUUUCAUGGGCUCUUCAUCGACCUCUACGCCUGCAUACAGGGAAUCUUCCGAUGUUAGCAGACUAGCUAGGUCACUAGCGACUCAAUCCGAAAGUGACAUGGACGUAUUUGCCUGUUCAGAGUUGCUAGACAGCCUGCGGGCCUUCUACAAAACAGAAGUCAAGGUAGCGUUGAAGACCUUUGUCGAUAACGUCUCGAUCCACGUGGUCGAGGGUCUCCUUACCAGUGACAUCUGGUCCGUUUUCUCACCAACCGACGUGGGGCAGAUGUCGUCGAGCCUUGUCUCCAAGAUCGCGGCUGAGUCGACAGAGUCGCAGGCACUGCGUCAGCAGCUAAAUCGAAAGCUUCAGACAUUGGAAAGAGGCUUGGAGAUCUGCCAGCGACAUCGGAGUAUUGCAGGACCUUCUGGCUCCCACGUGCCAGAUGGGGGCGACAACGAUAGUGUAAUGUCCGGCGACCUUAGCUCGAAUCAGUCGUUUCGGUCAGAAUACAACCAUCCCCAAGAGGUCGGUCUUGAAAAGAUUAUGCUGUCGACCCGACGUUUGAUAACUAAUAUUUCAGCAGUUCCAAUACGACGACAGCAGUCCAGUAAUGGAGCGUCCAGUGAUGGAGGUUAG